CGGAUCUGUUAGGACACCAACGAUGACUUGACUUGCUGCUCUUGGUGUGAAGAACAUCCCUCUUUGAGAUGUCAUUGAGUAUGUAUUCGCUGGACCUGUGUAUUCUGCUAGGGACCACACUUAUGGUAGCUGGUGAGAAAAUCCAAAAUGUCGGAACAAAUUUGGUGUGGUCACAUGACUAUGAAUUGGACAUGAGGGGACACUGUUCCUUCACGUUCUCUGUGGCAUAUUGCGGAGCCUUCAAACUGGAGCUGUACCCUGACAAAGAUCUCCCCGAACCCAAAUACGAGAUCUACAUCGAUCGUUACAGCUUAGAGAAGUAUAAAGUUGGAAUUAGGAAAUCGUGUGAUGCCGCGCUUCUACUUUGUUCGAAUAACGGUAUGAGCACCAGCGGUCACGAGAACACGCCACUUGUCAUCUGCGAUGGUUCCACGUGGACACCGUUCUGGAUAUCUUGGUUUGGGGGCGUCAUCACCCUGGGGAAGGGGACCACUGUCGGAAAAAACAUAUUGAAAGAAGUCAGUGAUCCACAGUUCCAGCACAUCGAUUAUGUGAAGAUGGGAGCUGACAAUAAGACGACAGAAGCGAAUUAUAGAUUUGAACCCCGCAAUGGCAGAACAGUUGACCCAGAUAUGAGUUGCCGAAAUAUAGCGACAACUUCAGUUGCUCCGGUUGCUACAGCUACGACGCAUGGUACAACAACAGCUGCUACAACCACAACUCCAGCUGCUACAACUCAGACAGGUGGUCCCACAACAGCUGAAACAACAACUACACAAGCGAAAAUCCAAAAUGUCGGAACAAAUUUGGUGUGGUCACAUGACUAUGAAUUGGACAUGAGGGGACACUGUUCCUUCACAUUCUCUGUGGCAUAUUGCGGAGCCUUCAAACUGGAGCUGUACCCUGACAAAGAUCUCCCCGAACCCAAAUACGAGAUCUACAUCGAUCGUUACAGCUUAGAGAAGUAUAAAGUUGGAAUUAGGAAAUCGUGUGAUGCCGCGCAUCUACUUUGUUCGAAUAACGGUAUGAGCACCAGCGGUCACGAGAACACGCCACUUGUCUUCUGUGAUGGUUCCACGUGGACGCCGUUCUGGAUAUCUUGGUUUGGGGGCGUCAUCACCCUGGGGAAGGGGACCACUGUCAGAGAAGCCAUAUUGAAAGAAGUCAGUGAUCCACAGUUCACGUAUAUCGACUAUGUGAAGAUGGGAGCUGACAAUAAGACGACAGAAGCGAAUUAUAGAUUUGAACCCCGCAGUGGCAGAACAGUUGACCCAGAUAUGAGUUGCCGAAAUAUAGCGACAACUUCAGUUGCUCCGGUUGCUACAGCUACGACGCAUGGUACAACAACAUCUGCUACAACCACAACUCCAGCUGCUACAACUCAGACAGGUGGUCCCACAACAGCUGAAACAACAACUACACAAGCGAAAAUCCAAAAUGUCGGAACAAAUUUGGUGUGGUCACAUGACUAUGAAUUGGACAUGAGGGGACACUGUUCCUUCACGUUCUCUGUGGCAUAUUGCGGAGCCUUCAAACUGGAGCUGUACCCAGACAAAGAUCUCCCCGAACCCAAAUACGAGAUCUACAUUGAUCGUUACAGCUUAGAGAAGUAUAAAGUUGGAAUUAGGAAAUCGUGUGAUGCCGCGCAUCUACUUUGUUCGAAUAACGGUAUGAGCACCAGCGGUCACGAGAACACGCCACUUGUCUUCUGUGAUGGUUCCACGUGGACGCCGUUCUGGAUAUCUUGGUUUGGGGGCGUCAUCACCCUGGGGAAGGGGACCACUGUCAGAGAAGCCAUAUUGAAAGAAGUCAGUGAUCCACAGUUCACGUAUAUCGACUAUGUGAAGAUGGGAGCUGACAAUAAGACGACAGAAGCGAAUUAUAGAUUUGAACCCCGCAGUGGCAGAGCAGUUGAUCCAGAUAUGAGUUGCCGAAAUAUAGCGACAACUUUAGUUGCUCCGGUUGCUACAGCUACGACGCAUGGUACAACAACAGCUGCUACAACAACAACUCCAGCUGCUACAACUCAGACAGGUGGUCCCACAACAGCUGAAACAACAACUACACAAGCGAAAAUCCAAAAUGUCGGAACAAAUUUGGUGUGGUCACAUGACUAUGAAUUGGACAUGAGGGGACACUGUUCCUUCACGUUCUCUGUGGCAUAUUGCGGAGCCUUCAAACUGGAGCUGUACCCUGACAAAGAUCUCCCCGAACCCAAAUACGAGAUCUACAUCGAUCGUUACAGCUUAGAGAAGUAUAAAGUUGGAAUUAGGAAAUCGUGUGAUGCCGCGCAUCUACUUUGUUCGAAUAACGGUAUGAGCACCAGCGGCCACGAGAACACGCCACUUGUCUUCUGUGAUGGUUCCACGUGGACGCCGUUCUGGAUAUCUUGGUUUGGGGGCGUCAUCACCCUGGGGAAGGGGACCACUGUCAGAGAAGCCAUAUUGAAAGAAGUCAGUGAUCCACAGUUCACGUAUAUCGACUAUGUGAAGAUGGGAGCUGACAAUAAGACGACAGAAGCGAAUUAUAGAUUUAAACCCCGCAAUGGCAGAACAGUUGACCCAGAUAUGAGUUGCCGAAAUAUAGACGCUGCAACAAUCACAGCUCCAACUGCAACAACUCAGACCGAUGGUUCCGCAGCAACCUCAGCGACCGCAACUUCGGCUGCCACAACUCAGACAGGUGGUCCCGAAGCCACCUCAGCAACCGCUCAAACUGUUGUCAAGAUGACAGUUAAUAAUUGUGACAACGAGCGACGGCCUUAUUCUGAAGAUCUGGCAAUGGUUUUCAAAGUAGCAGCCGACGACACAACACUGUCCCCGAGCAACCCCGACGUCGUGGAGCUCUCCUCGGCAACAUCCGGCAGCUGCGCCGAGCUGUGCGCUUCACGUAAGACCUGCGUGAUGUACAGCAUCAGCAACACGGGCACCUGCAGGAUCACCUCCGCCUGUCAGCCUGUAGUGGAGGGCGAGACAAACUCGGCAAUUCUGUUCCUCAAGUAUUGGGGUGAUCACAUGGACGCCAUGACAUAACUGAAACAGUGUUGUUUCACUUCUAGUCAAUAACUUAAAAACUGUCGUUCACUACAAGCCAUUGACCUACUUGUAUAUUAGGGAUGAUCUCUAGUGUGUCAGUCACAUCACCGUGCUUCCAAGUGGUAAAUGUCUAAGACCUGUGUCACUGUGAACAGGCACCCAAAAUUAAAAUGACAUACUGUGAUAUAUCUGAAAUACCUUUACAGCCGUGUUUAACCAUAAUACACAAGCUAUUGGGGUGGAAAUACAAUUAGAUUAAAUUCUGAUGUGAUGACCGCAAUAAUGUUCCAAAUUUGUGAAUUCUCUGAGGUAACAUUUCAGGAAAAUUCUAUCAGUCAAUACAUCAGAUAGUUAAUUUGUUAUUAUUUACAUAGCGUCACAAUCUUGUAAACCUUACAUUUUAAAACAAAUGUUAACUAAAUUUACAACUUUACAACUUUCAAUGCAUCUAUAUUGUUCCACAUGAUGCGCUUUCAAAUAUGAAAACAUUUUUUAUGUCAAAACCAAUUUUAUGCUAUAUGGAUCUCCUAUUUGAAGACUGUGGGAGAGCUUUGUAAUAAUAAGUAAACAUUAGUAUAUUCCCAAUAUGGAACAGUGUGAAAAGUGAGUGAGUUGGGUUUAAUGCCGCUUUUAACAGUAGUCAAGUUAUAUCGCGGCGUGUCAGCUUAAUGUGUGAAGAAAGCCCAUAAGUGA